GCCUUCCCGGCUGGGCAAAGAAUGGAGAAUGUGCUAGCGGGUCUGUGUGGAACCAGCGCGGAAGAUCCAGUGCCCGUGUGGGUGCGCGGCAGCGUCGGGCACUGCUUCAACCAGCUGGCGUUAAACGUGGCUCCCCACGUCCUCCUGGCAGCGGUCAGCGCCUGCUUCCUCGGCACGCCAAGAUGUGGCACCAGUGUUCCUCACAGGCUAGGCUGGAGGUGCAGAAUUGCUGCCUCUUUCGUGCUCGCUGGCCUCCUCCUCGCCGACAUCAUCCCAGUGGCCAUUUCUCAGCAGGAGCUGGGCCCUGUGUACCUGGAGGUGCUGGCAAGCAGCAUUGCUGCAGUGACGUGGCUCACGCACGGCUCCGCUCUUCUCGUGCUCUGCAGGUCAAUUCAUGGCUCUGCCCAGGGACCCGCAGCCCUGGUCCUCCUGGCUCUCCUCCCUGCACCCUCCCUCAUCAUCACCCUGCUGUGGUACUGCCAAACUGGGGCAGCUUGGUCCCCUGCCCRCCCUGCGGCGUGCGCCAGGUUCUCCAUCCUCUGUCUGCAGCUGGCCUGUCUUCUUCUCUAUGCGGUUAGCUACCUCUUCCCAGCUGCCAACAGGCAAGAACUUCUCUCCAUCAACACCUCCUGGCAGCGAGAGCCGCUCGUCUCGGGCGCAGGGAUCCCCRCGUGCCAGGCAGUGGCAGAGGACGGGGAGAGUUGGCUCUCGCGCUUCUCCUACGCCUGGAUGAACCCUCUGAUGGAGCGUGGCUACCGGCGGAUGCUGAGCCAGCCCCAGGAYGUCUACGUGCUUCCCCAGCAGCUCCGAGCCGCCCGCGUCUGCGGCCAGUUCUACUCCCGCUGGCAGGAGAAGGUGGCUCCACGGCACGCGGAGGAGGAGACCGAGUCUCUAAGCAGCCCCCUCGUUGCGGGAGGGGACAGCAGCAGGGGACGGAGCUCAGCGGCAGCCCCGGAGCACGUGCGGCUCCUCCCAGUGCUGCAUUCCGUCUUCGGGCUCCGCUUCUACUCACUCGGGCUGCUCAAGCUGGCUGGCAGCCUGCUGGGAUUCUCGGGCCCGCUGCUUCUGAACCUGCUGGUGAACUUCAUGGAGUCACAGCAGGAGCCCCUGAGCCACGGGGUCCUCUACGCACUCGGGCUCUUCGCUGGCUCCUUCCUGGGCGCGCUCUUGAGGAACCAGUUCAGCUACGAGGUGUACAAGGUGAUGCUGAUGGUGCGGGCCGCCGUCGUCUCUGCCAUCUACCGCAAGGCGCUGCGUGUCAGCAGCACCAGCCUCGYUCGCUUCACCGUGGGGGAGAUUGUCAACUUCAUGAGCACAGACACGGAUAGGUUGGUCAACUUCUGCCUCAGCUUCCACGAGGUGUGGAGCUUGCCCUUCCAGUUUGCCAUUACCCUCUACCUCCUCUACCAGCAGGUGGGGGUGGCCUUUCUGGGAGGCCUGGCCUUGGCCUUGCUGCUUGUGCCCAUAAACAAGGUCAUAGCCAACCGCAUCAUGAAGAGCAACAAGGAGAUGCUGAAGCACAAGGACACACGGGUCAAGCUGAUGACCGAGYUCCUGUGUGGCAUCCGCGUGGUCAAGUUCUACGCCUGGGAGCAGCACUUUGGCGCCCGCAUAGACGCCUGCCGCGCCAAAGAGCUGCGGAAGCUGAGAGCCAUCAAGUACUUGGACGCGGUGUGCGUGUAUCUGUGGGCAGCACUGCCCGUUGUCGUCUCCAUUGUCAUCUUCCUCACGUAUGUGCUGCUGGGUCACCAGCUCACUGCCACCAAGGUAUUCACAGCACUGGCCCUCGUAGGGAUGCUCAUUCUGCCCCUCAACAACUUCCCGUGGGUGCUGAAUGGGACCUUGGAUGCCAAAGUUUCCCUGGAUCGAAUCCAACGUUUCCUUGAACUCGCAGACCAGGACCUGGAGGCUUAUUAUGCUCUAGGGAGUCCUUCGGGUCCUGCCUCCGCCGUGGAGAUGCGAGGAGCAGCCUUCUCCUGGGCACCAGCCGAGGAGGAAGGCAGCGAGCAGGCCCCAUCCACAGGCUCGCUGCAGCUGCGGGUGGAGAACCUGGCGGUGACAAAGGGGAUGCUCCUGGGGGUUGUUGGAAAGGUUGGCUCUGGCAAGAGCUCCCUGCUUGCUGCCAUUACUGGGGAGCUCAUUAAGCAAGGGGGACAAGUUUAUGUGUGUGACCUGGAGCAGGGAUUUGGGCUGACCGCACAGGAGCCUUGGAUCCAGUUCACCAGCGUGCGUGAGAACAUCCUCUUCGGGAAGGAGUAUGAUGCCAGGCUCUAUGAGACGGUGGUGGAAGCCUGUGCCCUCUCUGAGGACCUGAAUAUCUUACCAGCAGGUGACCAGACAGAGGUUGGCGAGAACGGUGUGACCCUCAGUGGGGGCCAGAAGGCUCGAAUAGCCCUUGCCAGAGCUGUUUACCAGGAGAAAGAGCUUUACCUCCUUGACGAUCCUCUGGCAGCUGUCGAUGCCAAUGUAGCCAACCAUAUCAUGCAGAAAUGUGUUAUGGGAGUUCUCAAGCACAAGACGAGGAUCCUUUGCACCCACAGGACAGAGUUCUUGGAGAAGGCUGAUGCUCUGCUGUUGAUGGACAAUGGCAGGGUGGUCAGGACAGGAACACCGGCUGAGAUCCUGCCACUUGUGGAAGCUUUCCCCAAGUUCAAGGACACGGACAAGAGGCAGAAGGAUAGAGCCCCUGAGGAGCAAGGCCAAGAGGAUGCCAUAAAGACAGAGGCAGAAGAAUUGACCCCAGAUGAUCCCCUUCUCCACCAGGAGGAGGAGAAGAAAGAGGGAGCAGUAGCUUUUCAGGUGUACAAGGCAUAUUGGCUGGCAGUGGGCAGCUGCUUGGCGUUGUCCAUCCUCUUUUCCCUGUUCCUGAUGCAAGCUUCAAGAAAUAUCUCAGAUUGGUGGCUAUCACACUGGAUCUCCAGCAUACCCCCGACAGGAAAAACCUCUGUGAUGCUCUCUUCAGCUCCUCUCCCUUCCCCACAGCUGCUGCUCUUUGCUGGGCUUGUGUUCCCCGUUCAAGCUCUGGACGCAGUCACAGUCACUUCCAAUGGUUCAGUGGAUGUGACUUUCUACCUAACAGUUUAUGGGAGCAUUGCAGGAGCCAACUCCCUCUUCACCGUUCUGCGGGCCUUCCUCUUUGCCUUUGGCACCAUCCGUGCUGCCACUGUUGUCCACAGCCGGCUGCUCCAGCGGGUUAUAAAGGCCACGGUGACCUUCUUUGACACCACGCCGGUGGGCCGCAUCCUGAACCGCUUCUCUUCAGACCUGUACUGCGUGGAUGACAGCCUGCCUUUCAUCCUCAACAUCUUCCUGGCCAACACGUACGGGCUCCUGGGCGUGCUGGUGAUGAUCACCUACGGCCUCCCUUGGGUUGCCCUGGUCUUGCUGCCCCUGGCUGCCCUCUACUUCUGCGUGCAGCGCUACUACCGGCGCACGUCGCGGGAGCUCAAGCGCCUCUACAGUCUCACCCUCUCGCCCAUCUACACGCACUUCUCCGAGACCCUCUCGGGGCUGAGCAGCAUCAGAGCCAUGCGAGCAACACGCAGGUUUGAGAUGGAGAAUCAGCUGCGCCUGGAGCAGAACCAGCGCUGCCUCUUUGCCAGCAACGCAGCCAUGCAGUGGCUGGACAUCCGCUUGCAGAUGAUCGGCGUUGCAGUGGUUACUGCUAUUGCAGGAAUUGCCAUUAUCCAGCACCAGAAGCAACUGGCAAAUCCAGGACUUGUGGGUCUGGCACUCUCAUACGCCUUGUCUGUCACAAACCUGCUCUCAGGCCUCAUUUCCAGCUUCACAUUGACAGAAACCAUGAUGGUGAGCGUGGAGCGGACAGAGGAGUACACAACAGACAUCCCCAUAGAACCUCAGGAUAAACUGGUCCAGGUUGCUGCAGACUGGCCAAGCCAGGGGCACGUGGAGUUCCAGGAGGUGGUUCUGGCGUACCGGGCAGGCCUGCCCAACGCACUCGAUGGAGUGAGCUUCGCCCUGCGUCCCGGAGAGAAGGUGGGGAUUGUGGGUCGCACGGGAUCCGGAAAAUCCACCCUUUUCUUGGCGCUUUUCCGYAUGCUGGAGCUGAAAGCAGGGCGGAUUCUCCUGGACGGUGUCGACAGCCGCCUGGUGGGCUUGAAAGACCUGAGGUCCAGGCUGGCCAUCAUCCCCCAGGAUCCAUUUCUGUUCAGUGGCUCAAUCCGAGAGAACCUGGACCCGCAGGGACAGCGCACGGACGCUGAGCUGUACGAGGUGCUAGAGCAGUGUCACCUGCRGGACGUGGUCCUUCACAUGGGUGGAUUGGACAGCGAGCUGGGAGAGAGAGGGAAGAGUCUCUCUGUUGGACAGAGGCAGCUGGUGUGUCUGGCCAGAGCCCUCCUGACACAGGCCAAGGUGUUGUGCAUUGAUGAGGCCACAGCCAGCGUGGAUCAGAAGACCGACCAGGUGGUGCAGCAGACCAUCCGCCAGCGCUUCGCCGACAGGACGGUCCUGACAAUCGCUCACAGGCUCCGCACCGUCCUGGACUCGGACCGCGUGCUCGUGAUGCAGGCCGGCAGGGUGGCCGAGCUCGACUCCCCGGCCCGCCUGCGGGACAAGGAGGGAUCCCUGUUCCAGCAGCUCCUGCGCAGCGGGCAGCAGUGACAGCCGGAGCCCGGCCGGAGCCCAGCCCCGCUGCUGGCCUUCCUCUUGCCCUGGCCCC